AUGCUAAGUUUCUCCUGGGUGCUUCUCCCGCUGGUUGCUUCUAUCCACCCGGAAUGCAAGAUAUUCCAACAGGUGGUGAAAGACCAGGCUCUAUGUUUAGAAAAAAAUGAAGCUACUUUACCCAACUUAAAAGGAUGCCCAGGGGAUUGGGAUGGACUGAGUUGCUGGCCCAAAGCCACUUUUGGAGAAGUGGUAAAAGUUGCAUGCCCGGGUUUCUUUGAAGAAAUCACCAACACACAGGGUUUUCUGCAAAGAAACUGUACACAAGAGGCAUAUUGGUCAGAACCGUACCCACCGUACUCUAUUGCCUGCGGAUUUGAUGAAGGUUCCAGUAAAGGCCCUGAAGAUCAGAAAUCAUAUUAUUCUGCAUUUUGGCAUGUCUACACUGCUGGCUAUGCGACAUCUCUGACUUCACUCAUUACAGCUCUCGUUAUCUUUGCCAUCUUCAGAAAAUUCCACUGUACACGGAAUUACAUCCACAUGCACCUGUUUGUCUCUUUCAUCCUCAGAGCCACUGCUGUUUUCAUUAAAGAUGCUGUUUUGUUUGCUGAUGAAAAUAUGGACCACUGCUUAAUGUCAACGGUUGCAUGUAAGGUUGCAGUGGCAUUCUUUCAGUUCAGCAUUUUAGCCAACUUCUUCUGGCUCCUGGUAGAAGGGAUGUACUUGCAAACACUGCUGCUGUUGACAUUUGUUUCUGAUAAACAGUACGUGUGGUGGUUCAUUUUGAUUGGCUGGGGAACUCCCAGUGUGGUGAUGUGUGCUUGGAUCCUAACCCGAAUCUACAGACAGAAUACAGGAUGCUGGGAUGAUGAAGAUGAGAAUACAGCAGUGUUAUGGAUCAUCAGGGGACCCAUACUGCUAUCUGUAUUAAUUAACUUUAUUAUAUUUGUCAAUGUGAUCAGAAUUCUGGUGCAGAAAUUACAAUCUCCGGAAGUCAGCGGCAGCCAGUCUAGUCAUUUUGUGAGACUAGCUAAAUCCACCCUGCUCCUGAUCCCACUCUUUGGAGUGCACUAUAUCGUGUUUGCGUUUUGCCCAGAAAGCACUGGAUUGGAAGCUAGACUUUAUAUUGAGCUGGGCUUGGGCUCCUUUCAGGGCUUUGUUGUCGCCCUUCUAUAUUGCUUCUUAAAUGGAGAGGUUCAGGUUGAAUUAAAGAAGCGACUGCGCAAGUGGCAGUACCAAGAGUACCUGAACUUCACCCGCAAACCUCGGCGCAUGUCUAGAGAAAACAGCCCCGUUAACUAUGUCACUCAGUUAUCACUGCUUGAAAAAAUCAGCCCUAAGAGGAAAACCUCCCUCUUCCGGAAUGGCACAUCCUCCGUGUGA